UCCGAGGGGAAAGCGGGGGAUGGGAACCCACUUCAUGGUGAUAUGAAGUAAACAUUCUCCCUUAUCAUUCACCGUGUCUAUAGAGUCCUGACGCCGCCACUGCCCAGACUAGCAAGUACCUAGGAAGAUUCAUUGUAAAACUUUAUCAACAGGUGGAUGCGCCAAAAUCUUUGCUAUCCUUGUGUUCGUCUAGUAAGGUUCGUCUCGAAGGUUGGUCAUCAUGGCGCAGGAUAAGAGCCUUUUAACUGUGAUUCUGGUCUGCUGUUUGCUUGUCGUGAGCAUCGCCGCGUUGGUUCUCGGGAUCGUCAGCCUAAACUCUCAAAGAGGAGGAAGGAGUAGCACCACGACCGAUACCCAACAGCCGAUAAACAUCUACACUCAGUCAGCACCAUCAGCAUCAAGUAGCAAUGAAGAUAAAGUCUGGUUAUUUGCCAUCGGCCACUACGAUAACAUUCUGGAAUAUUUGGAUCAAAGUACGUACACUAUCAAGGGAUUCGGACCAGACAUAAUAGAUGGAGUUUGUGCGAUAGCAAACAAAAAUUGUGAAUUGGUUUAUGAUAUCUACGAGAAUUGUUGGGAUAGCCAAGCUGGUGAGCGCCCCAGGGGAGGCAAGGGACUCAUGGGUGGAUGGUACGACGGGUGUACAGGAUGGAUCCAAACCUUGAAUCGUCGCCUGACGUAUUCCUUCACAAAUCCAUACAAGAAAGGGAAUACUGUCGCCCUCUACGCCAAGAAUGACAGCACAGUGACGUAUAAUGAUUUGACCAAUCGGAAAGUAGGAUUUUUAGAUGGCUGGAAUGCGGAUGAAUUUUGCCUCGCUCGCUACAGAAAUAUCGCGGGUUCAACGCUUGGCCCAAACCAGAUAGUUCAUUACCAAUCAGCCGAACGAUUGAUAGACGCCAUCUUGAACGGAGAUAUUGACGUUGCGUUCGGGUCAGCCAUUGCUCAGUUCGAAACCACGUUGAAACGCAUAUCACCUACUGGUUUUGACAACAACUGUUUAUUCGGUGAUGCCUCGAUCAUGACUCGUCAUACUAACCGCAAACUGGUGGAUUGGUGGAACGACGCAUUCAAGCGGCUGGUCGAUAGAGGGGGCUACAAGGAAAUCUGUGAAUCGCUUCACGAGAAUCACGGUCAUAUCCCUGGUCAAAACUACACAGAGCUCUGUUUGGGGUACUAACAAGCUGUACGGUAAUUGGUGUACUCCCUCUCACGUGACCCGGGCUCUUUCGGAAAUGAUUAUCGAUAUACAGUACAUCAAGCAACUUCAAUAUUUAGGAUGAUUGACAUAUAUUGAUGAAUCAUCAUUUGGUACAGAAUGAGCCAGAGAGGGGGAUGAAGAGAGCGAGUGAAACAUUUGUUAUAAAAUGUCAUUGAACUGUCUGUAUUGUUCUGAACAUGUACUAUUACUUCGAGUGUAUUUGUUAAUUUUGUUGAAUGGAAAUGAGUCUAAAUCUAAAUUCAAUGUAAAGCUAUAGGGUGUUGGGGAAAGAACGUAAUCAUCAUAAUGCAUUUGUAUACAGCACUACUACUUCUAAUGAUAAUUAUAGUACUAAUAAAUGUGAUAAUGAUAAUGAUGGGAAUAAAAACUGCGUGUUUGUAUAUACGACUUUUUUUCUCAAACAUAUGAUGCAUGAUAAGACGACCGGUAUUCCUUUUUUAUCAGUAAGUCUUGAUUCCAUUAAUGUAUUCUAUUAUGCUUAGUUUCCACUGGUUAAUCACUAUAUAUAAGUACAUUCCGUUUAGAUACGAUAUAUUGAUAUAGGACACUGAUUCCUGCCCAACCUACUAUACCCCCCCCCCACAAACAUACACACACGCGCGCACUCACGCACCGCUUACCGCACUGAAACUACCUAGACCAACCCACAAACCCUAGCAUCUUGAACCGUAUACUAUAUAGUCAUUUAUGUCGUAAAUGGAAAUAUAACACUGAUUUCCACCCACCCCCACACAUAAACACCACCCUACACACACACACCCACACACUACUUCCAUGUCUCACACAGAACAGCUAUGAAGAAUGUUACGUAUACCCACACCACCCUGCAGCUGCACACACACCUUGACACCUAAAACAUACCGUCUUCAUUCCCGUACUGAUCGAGGCCUGUCCCCUAACACAUCCCCGUUGGGCACAUACACAUGCAUACCUGAAUAUUUUUCAUCCUCGAUAAUAAUUCGUGCUCCCUUUCUCGCGUUCAGCUACAAGUUUUGAUCGUGGUAGGGACCCAUUUUAUAGUUAUAGAAUACUACUACUACUACUACUACU